CCUACAAGUUCCAAAGCAUGAGUGUAGAAGAACACUUCAUGGACUGCGGCGUUCAAACUGAAGACUCUCAAAUCUUGGCGGAUCAAGUCAGAGUAGAAGACGAUGGCGGAUCGGCGUUACUAGCCGGUGCCCUGGAUGCCGCGGACACCUCUGUUUCGUCAGUAUCGUCGCUCGUCAUCCAUACCAGACCUCCAACUCCCACAAGUGCGCCGUCUGAGUGCGAGGUCAUUGAAGGAAAGGGCUCUCCCCCUUCAAUCCAGACCAAAACGCGCACCAUGAAGCAUCCUCAGCUUGUCUAUCUCCGCCCAGCAGCCACAGGCGCACAGACCUUGAAGCCUGUCUCCCCCAGGAUUGUGUCUCUCCCAGAGACAGUCUCGAAAUACUCUGCCAAGCAAGAAACAAUCAGCAGACGUGUUGUUUCUAUGCCAGAAGGGAGGAAAGGCCCUCUCCCGUCGCCCCAGACAUUGAGUCCGCACAUGGAUCACGACUCGUUCGUCUCAGAGAUGGAGAGCCCUGCCCGGGUUCGUGUUCAUUCUGCUGCGACAGACAUUCCGUACACACCGUCUCCGCCAUCGUCGCCGGAAUCAGUUGUCUUUAUCGCGAACAAGUCACCGCUUGCGGAACAAUUUCUCCGCAAGAAAGUCCUUGUUGGCCAAUCGCGCACGCCAGAACCACGAGACGACGAUUGGGCUGCUUGGGCAAAGUCUCCCCCGAGGCCGAUUCCUGCCCUCCAUGGACCCUUGUCGUUGCCAUAUGCUAGAUGCCCUUCUGGCGCGGAAGGCACACUUAUAGAAGAACAAGAGAAUUUGUCCCGAGUCAUAUGGGGCCUGGAGACAUCGGACAACGCCAAAGGAAGCAAGGAGCCUACAGCACAGGCAAGCAACGACGCUCGUCCGGCCGCACCUCCGGCGACUCGCAAGCAAAAUGGGCGACAGAAGCCAACUACGCCUGUUCCGCCUAGGUUCACUGGCCAGAAAGAUCUUACCGAGGCGGAGGCUUCUCAGAAAAUCUCUGCUACUCAGCCUCAAUUGCUCAGCCCAGAGUCAGAUCAUUACCUCACUCCUCCACGAUUUCCGCUCGAGUUCGAUGCACCCGAUCAGCUUUACAUGUCGCUUCCUUCGCACGGUCCGAUUGACCUCAGCGAACUAAUGCGCCCCCGGAACGAAGUAGGGAUCAAUGCGUACCUUCAAAACAACGGCUUGCCCCCCAACUCUGCUUUCAAUCAUCUGUCUUCUGGCUUGCGCACGUAUGGUUCCUCUGGAGAUCUUGGAUUGGACUGGACUGCUUUUAUCAAGCCGCAAGAUUGCCCCCGUACGUCUCUCUCUGGUUCCGCGUGGUCUUACCCUGGAAAUACCCUUGGCGACUACGUGGGUACUUCUGGUCUUUCGCCAUCUCUGUCCAUGCGGUCUCUGCUGUCUUCGCGUAGUCCUAUCAUCCUGGAGCCACCUGGUCAGCUUUCUCACGGUCGUCUGGUUCAGCACUCGCCUCUGUCGUUUCAGCACGAUUCCUCUACCUUGAGUGUUCGCGCACUCCCGUCACGGGAUGGUUCUCAACGUUCCCUGUCUGCUCUAGAGAUUGCUCAGAAGUAUCGUCACCAGCAGAUGAUUCAGCAGAGGCAAGUGCAAUCGAUGCUCCCUACGCCACCUAAUUCUGCGUCACCCAUCUGGUCUUCUGGGUUCUCUCCGUAUCAAGGCUCUCUACUAUCUCCUGAGGUUCUCACUGCAGCUCGUUUGCCCAGUGCCGCAAAGGAUCUUAGUUCCCAGCAGUCGGCCCUUCUUCAGCAAGCCGAGGUUCUCCAGCGGCUGCGUACUGCCGACCAUGCCAGACUCGGUGUAUCCGGUCGCAACGCACAAGCCCAAACACCUUUCCUGGCUCCGGCCGCCCGAAUUCAAGACCACAUCAGCGAUGUAAUUGACCUACCUCUGGCUAGCAACAGUUUGAACGGAACUUCAUACACUGCACUGCCUCUCAGUACACAUCAACCUCGUAACGUAGGUCCGGGAUUCUUGUCUGUCGCCCAACAGCAUCGUUCUCCAGCUUACCCUCGUCCUCCACCCAAUACACCACAUGCCCCCGUUGAUACCCGCUAUUCCGGUUCGACCGCAGGAAGCUCUGUUCAUCUCCACGGUACCGCGUUGCCUACUUCGCCCAAAACACUCGCUCGCGGGAAAUUACCUCAGCAGAACCCGAGAUCUGUUCCGCUCGCCCGGCUCGUGCAGCGCAGGCUGUCGGCGGUGCCUGAAGAAGACUCUACGAUGCUCCCUGACAACGGGCGCAUACAGUCAAACCCUGCCGAUCUCUCUGUUGUCUAUCAUAUGUUGGCUCCCGCUCGUACUGACGCUACAGUGGCUGGAAAGCCGCACUAUGCACCUGCCGAAGCUGCAAGCAUGAAGCAGCAGAGGCGCAAGCCAACUCCAAGCGCCACGAGCCACCCUUCUGCUCAGCCGAAGAAGUCGGCUUUGGGUGGCCAGCAACACCAUCGCCAGGCUCGAGAGGAUAAAGGCUCGACUGCUCCUCAUGCCGGUCUGUCCAACGAGCGCACGGAUGAUACCGCUCGCAGCUCGAGCGUGGACAGUAUCGCUUCUCAGCGAACGGACCCUCCGCAAGGUCUCAAGCGCGGAGGGUUCCGCGGCCGUGGCCGUGGCUGGCGCGGCCGAAAGGCCAAUGCCGGUGUUCAUGGUCCUGAAAGAGCGGAUGGCGGUCUCACCGUCAGGUCGUAA